AUGACUAGCUUCGUCGGUGACUGUCAUUUUCAUCGUGCACCGGCACUGUGCGCUGACAACGCGGCAAGCAUUUCUCUCAGCGCACAUCGAACAUUUGAGAACUUCUGUCACUUCUCCGCUUCUCUCGAAAUAGAUCGUUUCUUGGCUCUAUAUGUAAACCCAACUGAAUUCAUUUCCCGUUCGAUCGAAUCAAUCCAAGUGUCUGCCACCGAAUUCGCUUACAAUACUCUGGAACGGACGAAGCAUCGAUCUAACGACAGAGUAGUAAUGGGCGGGACUAUGAUGAACAACGACGGUUCGCCUGCAUCGACAAUUGCACCUACCUUAGAUUUACAGGCUCUUCUAGCCACGAUGCCAGAAUUCUCCAUGAUGAACAAUCUACAGAACAACAUGCCCAAGGAGAGAUCUGCUGCCGAGAAUUCGAUCCCUACUUCGCAAAGCUUGCUCUUUCCAACGAUUCCUAGCGACCAACUGGCUGCACUCUCGUUGGGCCUGUUCCCAUUGUCGGGAUUUCCCAUGUUCCCUCUGCUUCCAAUGGGUCCUAUGAGCACUUCCGCGCUCUCUCCGCACUCUACCAUUGAGAGUCUUGGACUCAUGACUAACAACUUACGUCAAACUGCAUCCGCCACAUCGUCGUCAAUGAUGCCACCAUCGCUGGAUUCUCGCCCAAGGGCAUUUUCCAGUGCAGCAACACUGCAACGCCCUAAGCCGACAACCACUCCUGAACGACGUCGUAAGCGAUCUCGUAAGACGCAAGAGGAGGAGAAUGAGGGCAGUGUGUUGCGAAUGCUGAUGGACGAGGAGGACGAUACUCCAAUCAAGAUUCGCCAGCAAGCACCCACGAAAGACCUGGACGAGAAAUUACGAAUGGAUGCUGCAAAAGCUUUAGUGUUGAGCGGCAGCAGCCCGCCGCCGGCCAAGCGGGCUUCACCUGAUUGUCUCACGGACCUUAUCGAAGAGCCGACCAGAAUCGCCCUCAGACGAAUCAUCCGCGACGAGGAUCUCCCCGAUUCUAUUGGCCCUGAUUCACCGUUUCGUCAUCAUCCUAAGUACCAGCGCAAGCAGCGUGGUUCGGACGCUGAAGUAAUCGAAGACAUGGAGGCCCUGACGGCAUUCUGUAUGGUGAACGGCUACGUGCCCGAUCCGUCCGAUUCGACACCGUCACCAAAAAACGAUGCAAGCUAUCCGGGAACGGGAUCACCGAAAAAAUCGUUCGCCGAAAUGAUGGAGCACGCCAUAUGCAGGGAGUUGGUCACCGCCGAAUAG